UGAGCAAGAAAGAUAAAUUAGUUUGCAAUUGAGAGGAAGCCUCCUUGUUAGUUCUUAAAGAAGUCCUAGAGCAGAGGGGCCAGAGUAGUUGGUCAAGAAUUGAGCUCUUCCGCUUUGUCUUUCCCGUGAAGUAAAAUUAAAAACUCCUUGAUUUCUGAAGCUAAUCUCAAGUGUUCCCUCAUCCUCUGUAUCCUGCAUUUCCUAGUCCAUUGCCGUUUUUGCUUCUCUUAGCAAAGCCUAGACUCUGACAUGGCAGGAGCUCUAGUGGGUGGAGCUGUCCUCUCUGCUUCGCUCCAGGUACUAUUCGACAGAUUGGCUUCCUGCAGGCUGACAGACUGCAUCUGGAGACAAAACGAUGAGGAAGUUCUGCUGAAGAAGCUAAAGGCAAGCCUUGUAUUUGCUGAGGCGGUGUUGUCUGAUGCAGAGCAUAAGCAAAUAACAGACCUGACUGCAAAAGGGUGGCUAAACCAGCUAGAAGAAACCGUCGCCGAUGCUCAGAACCUCUUGAAUGGUAUUGAAGCCAGAGAUUCACCUAGGAGGUUAAGAGGCGGAUCAAGAAGCAAAUUGCUAGAAGACAUGCUUGAUAGAUUGGAAGUUAUGGCAAGGCAAAAGGAUGCCUUUGGCUUCAUAGAACUAGGAGUACAGCCUUUGCAGACGUCCCCGACAACGUCUUUGGUGCAGGAGCGCAACAUCUAUGGUAGGGACGAAGAUAUGGAGGCGAUAGUCGGCUUGUUGCUGUCUGAUGAUGCACCAAGUGACCCAAUAGGUGUGAUUACCAUCAUCGGUGUCCCAGGGAUCGGCAAGACCAUCCUCAUCCAGUCUGUUUACAAUGAUAACAGUGUGAAAGGGUAUUUUGACUUCAGAAUUUGGAUCUGUGCCUCAAACAGGUUAGAUGUUUACUCGAUUACCAAGACAAUCCUAGAAGCUAUAACUAUGGUGAGUUGUGAUAUUAAGGACCUGAAUAUUCUUCAACUGAGACUCAUAGAAGAAGUAAUCGGCCGUAAACUCUUACUUAUUCUGGAUGAUCUUUGCACUGAGGACUGCUUGGAAUGGAACACGAUGCAAAGUCCUUUAAGAUUCUGUGCACCAGCAAGCAAGAUCUUAGUGACUACUCGCAGUGAAAUCACAGCAGCGAUGACGUGCACGCUGCCAGCUUACCAUUUAAGCCCACUACCAUAUGAAGUUUGCUGGUUGAUCUUCACUCAACAUGCAUUUGAUAGUGGAUUCAGUGCUCCAGAUCCAAAUCUCGAAGCAGUAGGCAGAGAAGUUGUGAAGAAAUGCAGAGGCCUUCCUCUAGUCGCCAAAACCCUCGGAGUUCUGUUCCGCUCUAAACCAAACCAUGGGGAGUGGAAUGAAAUCUUGAAGGAUAGUAUGUGGGAUGCAUCACCUGAUUUGAGCAGCUUUGUACAGACUUUAAGUAUUAGAAGUGGAAUAGGUAAAUGGAGAAGAAAGCUUUUGGAAAGUCAACAUGAGGAAAACUUCUUCCCAGGGGUUCUGAAUCAGUUUAGAGGCACAUACCCAUAUAUAAAGAUCAAGAAGGCAUGGCUUUCCAAAAUUCUGGUGCUCUGGAUUAUUAUUCUGAGCAUAGUGAGCGGACUGGUUUACAAGACAGUAAAUGAUUAUCAGACCACAAAAAUGAAGGAGGCAUUGAGAAGCAUGUGCAGUAAACGGGCAUGGAUGCUACAGAAUCAGUACACUGCCAUUGUUAAUCACUUCGCCCUUGCUAUGAUGGCGAGAGUUUAUUACCAAGAGAAUGCAAUAAAUACUAACCAGAUGCGGGAGGCUCUUGACAACUACAUGGAUAAUGAUACUUGCGGUUGCCCAUUAUAUUCUGGAGUGGCUUAUGCAGAACAUGUGGGUAAGAGAGGGUGCCAAUGGCAGAUAAAUAUGACCAUUAGAGGCCAGCCUCCGCCUGUUGAAGAAAGGAAGGCCUACACUAACGUCCUUGCAAAUGCACUUAUGAAUUCACGUCACAUGACGACAGGAAAGGAAGAUCGAGGUCUUGUAGUGAAGGCAAGACCCGUUGAAAAAGCUGUAUUAUCAGGCCCCUUCAGGCUGUUACAAUCGAAUCAGACUGGAGUAAUUUUGACAUACCCUCAUUACAGAUCCAAGCUCUCACCAAGCAUGGGUUUGGAAGAGCGCUUUAGAGCCAUCACAGGAUAUAUCGGAGUCGUCUUUGAAUUCGAGUCCUUUGUGGAGAGCAUACUCUGGCAACUUGGGAGUGGGACGGUUUUGGUUACUAUAUAUGACAUCACAAACUCUUCUCGCUCAUUGAUGUAUGGUCACAACUACGUCAAAAGUGACUGGCCCAUGAUGCAUGAGAGCAAGCUUGAACUCGGAGAUCCCUUCAGGAAGCACCAGAUGAAUUGUAGGUAUCGAGAUGCAGCAUCCUUGUCUUGGAUCCCAGCCAUCGUUGCAGUCUCAAUCUUCAUCAUCGGUUUGAUAGUGCCAUGCGUGCUUUAUGCUGCGGCAAUUCACAUUGUGAAAAUUAGACAAGCCUCACUGAGAAUUCGCGGAUUGGGAGUUCAACUGCGAGAUGCAAACACAGCCAAUUCCCAGCUCCGAGCUGAUGCUUCAGAGAUAAAGCAGCCUGCUUAUACCAUCAUCGGGACUCUUGCCAUGCUCCUCGAGACAGAACUGAGCUCAAUCCAGAGGGGCUACAUUCAGAUUGCUCAAGCUUGUGGAAAGAGGCAGAUUGCAUUAGUAGACAGAGCCCUGGAAUUGCCAAAUUUGCCGGUCAUAACUCAUACCAACUAGAACAUGGCCAAUCACAAGUCAUUAACGGAGGGGAUGUUGCUUGGAUAGUUUGAGACUGGGUAUGUUUGCAGAUGCUCCUGCAAAAAGCAAAUAAAAACUUUUAUGGUAUGCUUGGAUAGUUUGAGACUGGGUAUGUUUGCAGAUGCUCCUGCAAAAAGCAAAUAAAUACUUUUAUGGUGUGCUUGGAUAGUUUGAGAUUGGGUAUGUUUGCAGAUGCUCCUGUUAUGGUGUGUUUGGAUAGUUUGAGAUUGGAUAUGUUUGCAGAUGCUCCUGCAAAAAGCAAAUAAAAACUCUUAUGGUGUGAUUCGA